AUGGGGAAUUCCUGCGUACGUGGGACGCAGGUAACCACCAAGUAUGUUAUGGGCCACACACUCGGAGUCGGCUCAUUCGGGCAAGUCAAGCUCAUCACCAGCCGAACCACCGGCGAAAGGUACGCCUGCAAAAUGGUCAAAAAAAAGACUGGAGGCAGGAUAGCCAUAGAAGAUAUGUUCAGAAACGAGAAUGAAAUCCUUCAUAGACUGAGUCAUCCUCAUAUUGUUAAAAUAAUUGAGACCUAUGAGGAUAAAACUUAUUAUUACGCGGUGUUGGAGUUGUGUGAUGGCGGAGAGCUGUUUUCUAAGAUAGUUUCCCGUCGUCAUUUGAAAGAGCGAGAUGCCCGGUAUGUGUGUAAACAGAUUCUGAGUACUUUAGCUUAUUUGCACGGCCAGGGAGUUGUGCACCGGGAUAUAAAGGCGGAGAAUUUCUUGAUUCGAAAGCCCGUAGUCGAUUUGUGUGACUCGGACAUUGUAUUGAUAGACUUUGGUAUGAGUGCGUCGUUGAAGAGCGGGCGCGAAUAUUUGAAACACGUGUGUGGGAGUCCUCAUUAUGUCGCCCCGGAAUUAAUUCGGAAACGGUAUCGCGAACAGGUGGAUAUGUGGGCCUUCGGGAUCGUCGUGUAUCUGAUGAUGUACGGUCAGUACCCGUUCGAAGGACCCACGCAGAAAGACAUUGCGCAAAAGGUGCUCCGGCAAGAGCCGGAUUACAACCCGCGACGGCGCCGCAUUAGCCGUACGGCGAUAGACUUCAUCCGUAAAUGCCUGGUCAAGAACCCCAACGACCGACUCACUGCAGAAGCUGCUCUUAAACACCCAUGGAUAGUGCAAAAUGAACAACUUAUUGCUCCCCAACAACUCGGCGUCGCACUAACCACAAACCAACGGGAUAAGGACAUGGUACAGGAGACGCGACGGGACGACAUACUGAGGCGGCAGAGGGAAGCAGUCUUGAUGGCACAAACGUCUCCGUUAACCCUGGUCGCAGCCCAGACUGCUAUGACGACGCGUGUCACUUCGCCGUCUACCGUGAGCCACGUAACGCCCAUGACUGCGCAGGCGGGACAACCCGACGCUGAAAGAUACCUGUGCCGCACCAAUAGUCUCUUCACCCCGUCCUCCGUCAUCACCAGUCUGGCCUCGACCCCUCCGCCCGGGCGAUCUACGCAGGCCUUUGGCGCACGCUAUCAACCAGACGGUGCAAAAACCGGACCAGACGUCGAGGGGAGUGGUGACAGUGGUAUUCUACUUCUGGGGAGUGAAGAAGUGGACAGUCCCGAUAACAGCAUGCCGAGGAGUAACGGCAGUGAGGACGCCGGGAGUGACGACGGCAGUGAUGACGACGGUAGUGAUGACGACGGUAGUGAUGACGACGGCCUAGGUGGCGACGGAGUCGAUGAUGACGGUCAGAGCAGCGAUGAAGAGAGCGGCAAACGCGAACAGUCUGGCAAACACAGCGACCCAGGCUAUGGCGCGGACGGGUACCAGAGCGACAGCGACGAUGACAUCCCCUCCCACUAUCGCUCUAUAAAUAUCCAGCGGUUCGACAGCAGACGGAGUUUCUUGUCGCGCUCAGGGGGUACACCACGCUACCAAAGGGCCAGACAGAAAUUCAAAGAUCUUACAAAAACCGGCGAAUACAGACGACAGUUCAAGUAA